AUGGACCAAGUACCGGAUACAGCCCAGCAUUUUAUCGAGUGUGACACGGAAUCCUGUAGGAACUUCUCCGAGUUUUACUGCAAUACCUGUCAUCAACGAAUCUGUGACCAAUGCAAACAGCGCCAUCUAGAGCAGAACAAUGGACAUGAAAUUGUCCUCUAUCAAGAGAGAAAAAGAAAAGUUCCGUCAGAGAAAUGCAGGAUGCAUCCCACCAAAAACAUAGAUGUCUACUGUGAUGAUUGCCAGGACUCUGCUUGUUCUGUCUGCUUUUCGCGAGAUCACGGUAAUCAUCUAAACACCGACCUUGAAACCAUCUACAAUGAAAUCUUACAACAAUGUCAGGAGGAAAUAACAGACAUUUGGAAAACAGUCAUUCCUAAAGCUGAAGAUAAUGUCAAAUCACUUGAAGAGAAAAGAGAAAAUGUUAAGAAAGAAAUUACCAAGUUUAGAGUUUCCAUGAAGAAGAGAGCAGAUGAACUGAAAGAGACAGUUGACAGUGUACUAACUAAUAAUAAUCAAAAACUGGAUGAGAUUGAGAACUCUGUCAUAAAUGAUAAGGUCGAACAACAGAAGAAAACAGAGGACUACAUAAAUUACCUAAAAAAAAUUGUUUCAGACCUCGAGCGUAAAAUGUCAUCAAUAAAACUUUCUGAAGUUAUGAAAUUCUAUAAAGAUAUUUCAUUAGCUACCCUGAAGAGGCCUAACAAAGCUAAACCCAAACUGCCAAUUUUCACACUACGUACACUAAACAAAGAAGAAAUAGCCAAACUACUUGGUGAAAUUGAACUAGAAAGGUUUGAGCUUGCUUCUGUCACAGAAGUAAAUGAAGUAAGUAACCAGGGACAUAUACCUCACCAUUUGUCUCCCUUGCCCCCCGAUAAAUUCUGGGCCCUCGAUAACUCGGGAAAUCUCAUUCAGUCUGACAUGGAAGGAAACAUCUUAUCAAAGGAAAUAUCCACCAGUAUGUGGUAUAUCCGAGGUAACCACACAGUCACAACAGAUGGAGAACUUCUUUACACAAAUAACAAGAAAUACACUGUAUACAAAGUAGCUAGUGACAUGUCCAUCAACAAACUUAUCAAGACAGGGAGUUUGGAACCUGGAGCCAUCUUCUCUUCUCCUUUCAAUGGACACAUACUGGUCGGGAUGGGGACAAAGUCAGACAGCAAAGUAACCAUAUACAACAGAGAAGGAAGGAAGCUUCAGGACAUAAAGAGGGAUGAUGAAGGACAAACUCUGUACGAAGGCAUAGACUACCUCACAGAGAACAUUAAUGGUGACAUUUGUGCAUCAGACAACUAUGCCAAAAAGGUUGUUGUGGUGACCGCAUCGGGAGAAUAUCGGUUUUCUUACUCUGGUCAUGAGUCUCAGUCUGGAUUCCGUCCCUAUGGAAUCUGUACAGAUGUUCUGGGACACAUUUUGGUGGGUAAUGGCUAUAUUUCACAUAGUGAGAAUUGUUCUGGUGUCCACUUGCUGGACAUUAAUGGCCGGUUCCUGUCUUUCCUACUCACACUGGAUCAAUGUCCUCCACGUCCCUGUGCUCUCUGUAUUGAUGAUCAACACAAUCUCUGGGUCGGGGGAAGGAGAAGUUCUACUGUCUCUGUGUACAAGUACUUGCAGAAGACAAAAUAA